UCGCAUAAUUUACGUGAACGCGGAAAUGAGUCGUUGUGUUCUGGUUUCGCUCACUAAAUUCUCGAUUCUUUUCUGAGUCAAUUUUGUCGUGUUACUCAAUAUUUGCAAGCGUCAUAUAUCCACACAAGCAAACGUGAUAAUACUGUGAUAAUCACAAUAGUGCCGCCUAUAUUAUAAUUUCGAAAUAGAUUUCGAGCUGUGUUCUUAAAGCUAUAUAUAGACGACAGGCGAUCAGCUGUUGUCACAAGUCCAAAGCGUUAUUAACAUUCAUUACGUCACCGUUGGCUACCAUCAAUAAUACGGAAGUGAUGCAAGGGGAUGAGUCAUCCGCUGGGAUCGCAAGUGCUUCGGCAGUUGGAUCGUCGGCAGUUGUAUCGUUGCCAACGGAUGAGAUGCCACCUUUGGGCGAGAAAGAACCCGAUGCGAGACACGGUAACCGAUUUCAAUCAAAACUUUUAAUGUUGUUCUGCAUCCGCGCAAUCAACGCGGAAUACAAAUUCUAUUUGGGCACGGAACUUCCUGACCAAGGCAACAAGUUCGACGAUUUGAUUUUCAAAUUUAAAAAAGAUGGAGAAUGGCGGUAUCAAUACUUGCAAGCCAAGAGUCGACUGAAGGAAAAAAGCGAAAAAAUAACAGCAAAAGAUUUAUUCGCUGUACCAAAGAAAGGGAGAAAAAUCGACCUAGAUUUCAGCCUACCAAAAUAUUUUCGUUCUUAUUGCGAAAUAACAAGAAGAGGAGACAAGAUUGGCAGUUGCAUCAUUUGCACAAAUAUUGACUUCGAAAAUAAAGAAAGUCUUAAGGAAAAAGGAAUUGAAGUCAAGGAAGUGCAACUUAAUGAUAAAAUUUUACAAUUCGCAAAAAUAUCGGAUGGAAAAACCCCAACUCGAUGCAAAAUAGAAAUUAAAAAUAAAGAAAAAUCUGACAUAUUGAAGGAAGAGACCACCUCUAAAAUUCUAGCGAAAAUGCUGUGGGAAACUAAAGAUAUAAAUUUAAAUCCAACAUCUGAAUUAAUCCGCAAUUACCAUAUUGCUUUGGUCAAUGAAAACGUAAUCGACCCUAAGACAAAAAAAUUUCGCGAAGAUUUCAUUAAUGGACCUGAUGGACUCACUGAAGGUGCCAAGGAAUUGCGUAAAAAUCUUCUGCGAUUUGAUAAAAACUUCGAAAACUUGAAUAAAUUGACUGUCAGUUCUGAUAAAACUUUCGGCAAAACGAAACUGGAGCCCAAAGAAUUUAAUUAUGAUCUACCCGUUGCUGUUAAGGACGAGGAAAUUCAAGGCUUUUUGGAUAAGCUCAUCUUCGCAGUCAACACGCCCAACGAAGACGAAUUGGAUGACGUACUCAAAAGUGAAGUGGGGAAAUAUUUCACCCUGGAAAGUACCGAUCUUCAGUCAGCCUUUGUCAUGAACGAAAUGGUCAACUGGUUCAAAAGAGAACACAAUAUUUGGCUAUCAUCGGAGGAUGCAAAGGAAUUAUUUUUAAACAAAACGCACAAAAUAAUGGAGUCGAUUCGUGUCAAUGCGAUUUCAAUCGACUAUCAGGACCAGUUAAGAAAAGACGUGAUGGGAUUAGAAUUUAAUAAAAAUUCGAUUGAAUUUAUGACUGAAAAAUUGAAACGGUUAUUCAAAGACACUUCCAGUUCAGUUAUAACUAUUGGAUCAGAUUCGCCGCAACACACGGCUGUCAAAUUCAUUGCUGCCAUCAAAACGCUUCCCGAUUUCAAAUGUGACGACAGUUUCCUGGUGACGCCAUCGAAGCGUCUAAAUGACGAAGUGGAAGCUAAAAAGUUUAAACACUGUUUGGAAUUAAAGGAGGAUUCUCACAAUCUACUCGUCGUCGUUUGUGACGGAGAAACAUCGGCUCAAAAUUAUGAAAAAUAUGCCAGUCUAAUCCCGGAUGGACGGUCAGAUGAUAAAAUAAAUAAAGUGGUUAUCAUAUGUGCGGAUAAGUCUGCCAUGAUAACCGAUGAAAUCAACUACACUGAUCUAACUGAUGAAUUCAAGCAAAAACUCCUGUCUCAAAAAGUUUCUUUCCAGCUCAAAAAAGAUCUGAGACAACAUGAAAUCGAAGAUAAUAAAAUGACCGUGAGAAAAUUGAUUGGUGACAUUCCGGAAGAGGUAAUCGAUAUCAAUUCCAUAAAGGAGUUGACGCAAUUAGGAAGGGAAUUAAUUAUACCUUCAUUCGAUGACACAACUCAUUUUGAUGAGCAAAUGUACAUCAAGCGAAAGUUGAAAUUUCCAAUCUGCGAUAAGUUUGAGGAUGAAAUAGCGAAGCGACUUCACUGCAAGGUAAACCAACUGCAGGGGGAGUGUAAGAUUCGACCGGAUGGCCACAUCGAAUGGCUCGUUGAAGACAAACGCAAAAAAGAAAUAUGGGAUAAAAUUCUAGAUGUCACAAAUCAAUCGUCUUCAUCAGGUGAAAUUCGCCAAUCUUCAUUAAAUGAAAUUCAUGAAGAUGAUGAUGAAGAUUAUGAUCGUUUAAUCCCCUUGAAGGAGCAUGGGAAAGAAAAGUCAAUUGUCAUCAUAUCCGGAGUAGCCGGAACCGGAAAAUCUACUCUCCUCUCUCACUUCUAUAAAGAAAUUAAAACGAAGAAACCAGAUUACUGGGUUAUCAAAAUGAAUUUAGUCGAUCGAUCUGAAGCAAUAAUGAAAUGGUAUGAUGGAAAACAAACUAACACAGACGAUAUUUUUAUCAAUUACCUUAGUGAAAUGGGUAACAAAGAUUCAUUUACCAUUUCAUUGUUAAGGCAUCGAUUGGAGAAGGGUGACAGAAUUGCCAUCAUGUUGGAUGGGUUCGACGAAAUAGACGCCAAGUGUCAAAGGUGCGCAAUUCAAUUGAUGAAAGCCAUUAGUAAGAAUAAAUCGAUUCAACUUUAUGUCACAACUCGACCUCAUUCGGUGGACGAUUUGCAAAAUAAAUUAUUUCAGUUUUCCUACACUUUGGAGAACUUCGAUAAGGACGAUCAGAUAAAAUAUCUGACCGAGUAUUGGGAGACAAAAUUAGACACGGAAGAAGACAUUCAAGACAAGUCAAUUAUCCGGAAGUUUGCUGCAUCACUCACCGACCGAGUGUCGCAAACUUUGAGAGAUCAAGAAAGAUCUUUUAUUGGAAUCCCGUUGCAAUGUCGAAUCCUUGCCGAAUGCUUCCAGCAAGAGCUCCACACAAUAAUAAAACGAAACAGUUGCAAAUAUGGGUCGGUGCAAACUGAUUUUGAAAAUCAGUUAUUUGCCAAUGUUAAUUUUGAUCUCAAUAGUUUGUACGAACGUUUGAUGAAGACUAAGCGCCGAGUCUUUCGAGAAGAAAAAGUCAAAGCUCCAGUUCCCAAUCAGAUCACAGAUUAUGCCAUUGAUUCCUUAAUAGAAAAAAUUGAAUCACACCUGACAAAAUUGGCCAUUGAAACUCUUGUGACAGACAAGAAGAGUUCCGAUAUUUUGUGGCCACCUCAGUUAUCGUAUCAUCAGCUCAAAACUGACAAGAUGAAAGAGGAAAACAUGAUAACUGAAUUUGGCGUCAAAUUUGGUUUGAUAAUGUACAAAGACGAGGCCAUAAAGACGCAAUUUUUGCACCGGACAUUCGCCGAAUAUUUAUUGGCUAAAUAUUUGUACAGGGGCAUAGCUGUUAAUCACUGUGAAAACAAUUAUCUUCUAGAUAACGAACCGGUACGUGAUUUGAUUAUCAGUAAAAUUCUAGGGGAAGAUAACUACGAUGGAGUACGAAUGUUUAUCGAUUCCAUGUUGAAGGAGACGGUUAACAGUACAGCUUGGCGUGUAAUUAGUGAAGGCAAACACAUUUUGCCCAGUCAAUUACAAAAUUUUAGCAUUGACCUGGCACUUUUUAUGCGUCAUAUUUGGAAACCAGUAGCACAGGAUACGUAUUAUACGUAUUGUUUUACUAAUAUUUUAGGUAAUACCGUUUACGAAAGAAACGAGAAUUUGUUUGAUUUCUUAUGCGACUGCCUGGAAAUAGUGCUGGACAAAAAUGGAGUUCGACAAGUUUUUAGGUUUGCAUUCAAAAAUUCAUUUCGAUUCGAAUCUUUCUAUUUUGUAAAUAGUGGACUUUUUCAGCGGUUUACUAAAUACUAUGACGAUCCCGAUUACAUAGAACUUAAUUGCAUAACGCAAGAAAUGUUGUUUGGCAGGAUGUCUGAUCCGUGUACAUUGGAACUCGCAUUGGAGAGUUAUCAUAAUAUUUGGAACACGAAAGAAGCGAAACAAGUGGUCAAAAUUCUACUGGACUUGAUAGAACAGAACCGAACAGUUUUCAUGAAGGAAGUGAUACCUCCUGGCACGAUUACGUCUGAAAAGGGAGAUCGAAUGUUCAAAUUGCUCCAUUUCUUCACUUUUAACGAAUACUACGACAGCAUAUUUGACCAAUUCUUUCGUCUUCUAUCAUCGAUGUGUUUGGAUGACUGCAACUUUACAAAACUCCUGCAGUAUACGCUAAGGAUGCGCGAUGCAAAUAACAACAAUUGGGCGUAUCUUUUAAACAGCGGGAUAGGAAAGACGCUGAUUAUUUUACGCGACCUCGGACGAAAUAAGGUGAUAGAAGGUUUAUCCCAUUUGACACUCGUCUGUGAUAAGACAUUCUUUGAAACAUUCUACCAGCCUUGUCAACCAAAAGAAGAAGAGAACCCUUCCGACUUGCAAUUGCUGUUGAAAAAUAGAGAUUCGAGCCGAAUGACUCUUCUGCAUCGAGCGGCUUUUUACGGUGACGCGCAAACUGUGGAUGACAUUUUAGAAACGAUUUACAGCAAUUUUUCCUCUGGCCAGCAUCCGGACACCAAUAGACUUUUAGUCAAAUCUGCAGUGGUGGACAUUAUGUUGGCUUCUACCAAUGAAAGUUUCACGCCCUUCUACGUGGCGGCCGCCUGCGAUCACAAGGAAAUCUGCCUCAAAAUAUUGUCCUUCUUGAAAAAAAUCCUUGGGGCUGACCAUAAGGAAGACUUGACCUGUUAUGGAUUUGUAUAUAUCGCCAUUUGGGAUGCGAUUCUGUUCAAAAAUCUACAAAUGUUUCAAGUCAUUUUAGAAGCUGUCAAAGAGGCCUGGGGACGAAAUUCCUUAUUAGUUUUGUUGAGCACAGACAACUAUGAAGUUAGUUAUCACAAUAGUCUUCCAUUAUACGUUUCAAGUACCUUGACCAAAAAAUUCAAUAAAGAUCUGUUGAAAACGAAAGUCAAGGUUCUCCUCCAGAAUGACAGCGAAAAAGGAUACGAAGAUUUGAACGAUUUGGUGUUAACCUCAAAUGACAGAGAAUUUAAAAAAACCCUUGAGGACUUGGAGGAUGAAACUUUACAGGGAAUGUUGACAGCAAAGGGACUGGAAAAUUGGAUGCAAUGUUUCUUUGACAAAUUUGGCAUUAAUUUGGCAUUCCAUUUACUAUCCAGAAAUCUUCUUGCCAGGUUUACAAGAAACCAACGAUCGCAGUUUGUCGACGCUAUCACUUCACCCUCACUAAACAUUCAUUCGUUUUAUCGAAAAUUAGAAAUUAGUUAUUGGGCAAAAUGGUGCGUCGGAGACGAAUAUAUUCAUGAUUUUGACGACCUGGAUUGCGAUUGCCUUGACAAACUGCUGAAAAUAAUUGCGGAAAAUCAAGAUAACGAAACGACUGACAUCCAAAAGCUUCUGUUCAGCGAUGAUGGGAAAGACAUCACAAGAGCUUUACUGUGUCGAAACAGAAAAAUCGUCUCUAUCAUGUUCAAUCAUCUGUCAGAGAUGGAGAAACUUCAGAUCACAAAAGAUAUCAAGAGAAAUGUUCCCGAAAUAAUUGACGAGAUAUCGCAUUAUUUACGGACUAAUGAUGAAAAUAAAUUUCGGAGAGAACUAAUUUUCCGCUAUUGGGUGAACAUUUUGCCAUUUUACGACGACGGAGAUGAAGGGAAUCAACAAUUUGAAAAUCUGGUUGACACACUCUUAUCAUUGCGUACCGAAAAACUUAGGAAGGGGUGGUAUAAAGGUUUCGAACAAUUUGUCGAGGAAGGUGAAUUGCAGUACAGUUUUUGGAGUCGAUAUCUCGACAGCUAUGACGAUAGAGACGAUAAUAAAAUUGAAAUGGUGGGCCAGUUUUUGAAAUGCGUGUCGGAGAAACUAGGAAACGAGGCUGUCAAAAAAGUAGUGCUUCACGAGGACUGUAUGGGUAUCGUUUUACUCGGAGCCGAAUUACAAGAAAAUAAACAAUUGGCGAAUGUUAUGUUAACCCAUUUAAGCGACCACGAUCGUGAUUGUGUUGUUCUUCUCAUCAGCACGAAUUGCCCAUUUAAUUCCAGACGACGUUAUUAUUUGAAAUCUGUAUCUGAUUUCGAUAUGCCUUAUCAGAUUUCCUCGCAGAUUUCGACUGGCUGGAAAUUUGAAGCGAAGAAGUUCAACGAAGUUGUGGCGCUUUCGCAGCUACAAACUAUUUAUGAAAAUGUACGCACCCGAGUUAAUAGAUCAAGCGUUUCAUAACCCCCAAAGCUAUUUCAAAAAAAUUUGUUUGUUCCAUUUUUUCACAUCCUUUUACCUAAUUAUUUCCAUUACAAAUGCCGACAAAUGCCGAUGAUUUUGAUCUUGAUCCCAUUCUACAUGAGAAAAAGUGUAGCAUAUGGGCUGGGCUAUUUAUCCGCUCAUUCUAUGAUUGCAACACGGACGACAUCUCAAAAAUGGACAAAUUCAUGAAAUGCCUGUCAGAGAAACUGGAAUCAAAUGCCGUUAAAGAAUUGGUGCUCCAUAAUGACGGCGAAAAGACCCGUCAUAUUUUAUCCUGCACUGAGAGGAGACGAGAAGAUGAUGGAGAAGAUGCUCAAGUAUUUGACCGUUAAAGAUCGAAAACAAGUUCAGCGCCAAAUCGAUCAGUUCUUGAACAAAACUUAGUUACAAGACAGACGUUUCCCCAUGAUUACUGGAACGUAAUAAAAUGACGAGACUAACUAAGUUGGUAUGUGUUUUUGCCUAUUGAAUUUUGAUAACAGAUGUUUUCAUUUGUCCUUUUGGUGAUAAAACGCCCUACAGUCAAACGACUAUGAAUAAUCCCGAAUAAUCCUGGAAUAAUCUAAUCUUGAAAGCGCAUUUUCAUGUGCAACAUUUGUUUGAACGCCUUGCUAAUACACUAUCAAAUAUCCGCUAGAUGC